AUGAACACAGCUCGAAAUGGGGAGGUGGGACAGGCGGGUGAGGCGUCAGGAGAGCAGUGCAGGAGGGAUGGGUGUAACUGGGGAGGUGUGGGUGACGCUGCUGGUGAUGCUGCUGCUGCUGCUGGUGAUGCUGCUGCUGCUGCUGAUGGUGCUGAUGGUGCUGAUGGUUCUGAUGGUUCUGAUGGUAGUGCUGCUGUGGAGUGCAGUCCAGCCCCCCCAGCAGCGCAACCCAUCCCUUCCCCUCUUCCCAUCCCUUCCCCUCAACUCAUCCCUUCCCCUCUUCCCAUCCCUUCCCCUCUUCCCAUCCCUUCCCCUCUUCCCAUCCCUUCCCCUCAACUCAUCCCUUCCCCUCUUCCCAUCCCUUCCCCUCUUCCCAUCCCUUCCCCUCAACUCAUCCCUUCCCCUCAACUCAUCCCUUCCCCUCUUCCCAUCCCUUCCCCUCAACUCAUCCCUUCCCCUCUUCCCAUCCCUUCCCCUCAACUCAUCCCUUCCCCUCUUCCCAUCCCUUCCCCUCAACUCAUCCCUUCCCCUCUUCCCAUCCCUUCCCCUCAACUCAUCCCUUCCCCUCUUCCCAUCCCUUCCCCUCAACUCAUCCCUUCCCCUCUUCCCAUCCCUUCCCCUCUUCCCAUCCCUUCCCCUCUUCCCAUCCCUUCCCCUCUUCCCAUCCCUUCCCCUCUUCCCAUCCCUUCCCCUCUUCCCAUCCCUCCCCCUCUUCCCAUCCCUUCCCCUCUUCCCAUCCCUUCCCCUCUUCCCAUCCCUUCCCCUCUUCCCAUCCCUUCCCCUCUACUCAUCCCUUCCCCUCUUCCCAUCCCUUCCCCUCUUCCCAUCCCUUCCCCUCUUCCCAUCCCUUCCCCUCUACUCAUCCCUUCCCCUCUUCCCAUCCCUUCCCCUCUUCCCAUCCCUUCCCCUCUUCCCAUCCCUUCCCCUCUUCCCAUCCCUUCCCCUCUUCCCAUCCCGUCCCCUCUUCCCAUCCCUUCCCCUCUUCCCAUCCCUUCCCCUCUUCCCAUCCCUUCCCCUCUCCCCAUCCCUUCCCCUCUCCCCAUCCCUUCUCCCCCACCUCCCCUCUACCCAUCCCUUCUCCCCCUCCUCCCCACUCCUUUAUUCUCUCUCCCCCCCCCCCCACGCACCUGGUGCCUUGUUGGCCACCGGCGCACGUCCCAGAGGCUGCGAAUUGACUUUUGA